ACCAGGCGCCAUUUGCUUUGCGGGAAACGUGAGGAUUGUGAAAUAUUUUUGGCGAUUUUCAACCCAAAAAGAAGCAGAAAUGCCGUCUGUGGAGCCAGACAAUAAACCUAGCUGGGCUGACCAGGUCGAAGACCUUGAUGAAGAUGUUGAUGAUGUCCCCACUACUUCUGGAUCAAGCAAAGUAGACGCCCUCCUCACCAUAUCUGAUGAAGAGCUUCCCCCACCCGAGGAAGUGAUCGAUGGAGACACAAAGAUCAUCACAGAGUACAGCAUCAAUGACGAAGGGAAGAAAGUCAAGAUUAUCAGAACAUACAGGGUGGAGACCAGGAAAGCCUCCAAAACUAUUGCAAGAAGAAAGGCUUGGCCCAAGUUUGGUGACUCGGAGUAUGAUGGUCCAGGUCCAAACCCCUCCACCACAGCCAUCUGUGAUGACAUCUUCAUGACAUUUGUCACCAACAAAGAGGAAGCACUGAACGACAAAGAAGAAGACCCCAUGGCUAAGCUGAAGGGUACCAGGAUUGUGCAGUGCCGUAUCUGUAAGGGCGACCAUUGGACCACCAAGUGUCCGUACAAGGACACCCUGGGACCUAUCCAGGAGGAGCUGGAGAAGUCAGACAAGCCUGGAGAGGCAGCGGCAGGAGCCAAGGGUGGUGAACAGGCUGCUGCAGCCAGACCAGCGGGAGGGAAGUAUGUUCCACCCAGUCUGAGGGGAGCCAACAGGGGCCCGGGAGAGUCCAUGGCACAGAGGAGGGACGACCAAGCGACGAUUCGUGUCACAAACCUGUCUGAGGACACGCGAGAGUCGGACCUCCAGGAGCUGUUCCGACCCUUCGGCGCCAUUUCUCGUAUCUACCUGGCAAAGGACAAGGUCACGCACCAAUCCAAGGGCUUUGCAUUCAUCAACUUCCACCGUAGAGAAGAUGCUGCCAGAGCGAUCACUGGUGUCAACGGUUUUGGAUACGACAACCUCAUUCUGAAUGUGGAGUGGGCAAGGCCUUCCAAUCAACAGUAGAAGAAGGGAAUUUAAAGAACUACAACAGAUGA